UAUAAAAUGGCACCACCGCAACAAGACCCAAUCCAAGCACCGUCUUCCCGGAGCAAACCCCUAACUUUUCAUGGCCAAGACCAAUGGAGAGCCUUGUUCCCGAACCCUAGAACCAGAAUGAAGCGCAAGCGUGAUCUCGAACCCCUCGUGGAAGGCGAGGGCGAGCGAGAGCAGAAGCAUCAAAAGCUGGAGAUGGCCUCUGUUCUGCACCUCCUCCUACCCGCUGUCGAUGAAGGGACGGGAGCUCUCACCUCUGUGGACAAGGGAAAAGGGAUAGUGGUGGAGGAGGAAGAGGGGGAUAAGGAGGCCGAUGAUGACGACAGCGACGACGGUAGCGAUGUGGGUAGUGAAGACGAGAGUGGCGGGGAGGGAGAUGAUGACAGCGAUUUCGUUGAUGAUCCGUUGGUGGAGGUCGAUCCGGAGAACAUCCUUCCUUCAAGUACGCAGCGGCGGGAACCUCCACGGCCGGGGGUUUAUGUCGACCCUGAUCAGGAUGAGGAUGACAGCGGGGACAGCGAGUAAGAUGAUGCGAGGCUAAAAGGAGGAAUGUAGAAGUUGGCAGAGGACCUUGCGUGAUUGCGGUUGCAUUCCUCGGAGAUGUUUGCAACUCAGCAUUAUACGGUGAAUUAUUUGAUGAGAUAUAUCCUUCUCCCUGGUUCCAUAUGGAUCAGAUUAAGGCACCAGAGUGGCAUAGAUCAUUUCGGGCCUGGUGAGUUUAUCAUUUUGAUUUCUUUUCUAUCGAGUUGCUAGAGUUUGUGUUCAGUUUCUUUUAUUCUUCCACGUAAAUGAACAGUGACAUGGAUACGAGACCGAUAGAUCUCUCUUUCCACUUCGUUUCCGCUCUUUAGCUCUUUGCAUCAAAAGAUCAGAAACAAGUUCUUCCUCUCUUCCUCCCUCGGGAAUCUCUUCUGUUUUGCCCGACUGUUUUGAAGCGAGAGAGAGAGAGA